AUAUUUGGUCACGUUGAGACUGUGAGUAAAUGUUAAUAGAUUUUUUUUGCUGCUAAAUUUACCUAAAUGGCUUAAACUACAAUGUAACAACAUGCCGUCCCAAGUUUAAGUAUUUUCUCCAUCGAUCAUUUAUUGCGUUGGAAACAUUCUAACGAUAUCUAAAGGUUCGUUUAUUACGGUUAAAAGCGCGUUUAUAGUAGUUUACACGGUGCGCGGAUGAUCGGAAACUGAAAACACAACUAAUAACUGCAAGCUGUUGGUUUGAAGAAAGUUUCUGCAGUUCUCCAAGCGGCAAGGGAAGAAUAAAAAGAUGUUUUGUCCACGGUUCCUGAAGGCUGCUGUGUCCUUCACGUGCAGGAAGUUUUCCAUGGGUCAAAUAUCUCGACAAGGAAAGACUCUUGAUAUGGCUGAAGUUCGCAACAGAUUGAGGGAGGUAGUCGGUGCAUCUACCAACUGGCAAGAUCAGCAGCAAGUGUUGUCUGAACGUUCAUCACUAUGCCAGUAUCUCGCUCGCAGUCAAGAUGACCUUCCAGCAAAAAGAAUGAAGGACAGUUUAAUUGAGGCGCAUCUUCCUCUGGGUUCCCAGCCUGCUUUGAGAGAGAAAUAUCUCAACUCUCACAACAGCGUCAGGUUUGGACGGAUUUUAGAGGACUUGGACUGCUUAGGAGUGCUCAUCUGUUACUCUCACACCUGGAACGAGGAGCUGCAAAGUUCUCCGCUGUCUAUUGUCACCGCCCUAGUGGACAAGAUCGACAUGAGACAAAAUGUCAUCUACCCAGACUGUGACAUCAAGUUCACUGGUCAUGUGACAUGGGUUGGAAAGACCUCAAUCGAAGCUAAAAUGCACAUGUCUCAGUACCAAAAUGGCACAUAUGCAGACUUAUUAGAUGCUACUUUUGUAAUGGUGGCUCGAGAUCCUGAAAACAAAAGGGCAGCUUUCGUAAACCCACUCAAACCGGUGGGUCAAGAAGAAGAGGCGAUUUUUCUUCAGGGUGAAAUAAACAAGAAGAGGCGUGUGGAGCUGAGCACGGCGUCUCUUCUGAAAGUGGCUCCUACAGCAGAGGAGAGGACACUCAUUCACAACCAGUUCCUCAACACUCUUGACACACGGACUGUCAGCUUUCGCAGUCGGAUUUUACCUCCAAAUUCAGUGUGGAUGGAAGAUGCCAAAUUGAAAGGGCUUGAGAUUUGCCAUCCACAGGAAAGAAAUAUCUUCAAUCGGAUAUUUGGUGGUUUUCUGAUGAGAAAGGCUUAUGAGCUUGGUCGAGCUAAUGCCUGUGCAUUUGCUGGAUGUAGACCAACUGUUGUGGCAGUUGAUGAUAUUUUAUUUCGGAAGCCAGUAGAAAUUGGUUCUUUGCUCUUGCUGUCUUCUCAGGUUUGCUACACUGAAGGAAUGUAUGUCCAGGUCAGAGUUCAUUCAGAAGUGCUCGAUCCUUUAACCAGACAGCACAGCACCACCAAUGUGUUUCACUUCACUUUCCGUCUUGAAAAGGAAGUCCCAGCUGUUGUUCCACAGAGCUAUGGAGAGUCAAUGCUGUACCUGGAUGGAAAGAGGCACUUUGAUGGGGCAAUGAGGAACCAUAGCUGAGCAUGGGUUGUGCUGAUAUGAUCAGAAGAUACCUGAUACGGUUUUGCAGACAUUGAUAGCUCCAGUUACAGGAGUGUGUGUGUGUGUGUGUGUGUGUGUGUGUACACAUGAAAAUUGAAUUUUUAUUUUCUAAAUGUCCCCCUUACUGCAGUUAUGUCUUGUAUUUCAUAAGUUUGGAAAUGUAAAGGUUUGUAUGAAACAAUUUCUAUGAUAUUGUAAAAAUGUUGAGAAACACAAUGCUAGACUGUGAUGUUCUAAAAUGACCAAUACACACAAUACUCUUUA